UUUUUGCUACGUCCUGUUAUGGUGGGACACGUAAUCUACUCAUGGCGACGGAAAUUCACCAUGCUAAUUGUGGUUGUAAGGGGAUUCGAACUUGUUUAUUGUGUGAGAGCGUGAAUGGAAAUGGACUAUUAUCGGAGAAUGGUCAACCGAUACGACACGAUUUUAUGUACGACCCAUUGCUGAGACGAGCUGUGCGCAAUUAUGGUGGGCAGCAGCUGUCUUUUCCCUUCCCUGGAAUCUUUUUAUGGAAUAACUUCAUAUCAGAAGAGGAGGAGAAUGAGUUGAUAACCGAUAUGGACCUCAACGCCUGGAGAGAGUCACAGUCUGGUCGACGGAAACAGGACUUUGGGCCUAAAGUGAACUUCAAAAAACACAAAGUGCGUCUUGGUGGCUUCUGCGGCCUGCCUCCAAUCAGCCGUAAACUGGUGCUACGGAUGUCCCAGGAGCCGGUCCUAGCCGGGUUUCAACCAGUGGAGCAGUGCAACCUGGAUUACCACCCCCAGCGUGGGUCUGCUAUUGAUCCCCACCUGGAUGACAGCUGGCUGUGGGGGGAGCGUCUGGUCACCGUCAACCUGCUCUCAGACACCACUCUCACAAUGUCCCUGGAGGAGGGCCUGACAGAACUAGGACCGGGGGGGGUCCGAGUGUCUGUGCACCUUCCCUGCAGAUCCCUUGUGGUGGUAUACAGCGAAGCACGUCACAGAUGGAAACAUGCCAUUCAUAGACAUGACAUCCAUGAGCGCAGGGUGUGCAGUACCUACAGGGAGCUGUCUGCUGAGUUCAUGUCUGGGGGAGAGCAGCAAAACAUGGGCUCCCAACUGCUGGACAUAGCUCUGAGCUUUGAGGGUACACCGAUAUAGAAAGACUGCAAUCAUCACUGUUUCAUUUUUUUUCAAUCCUAUGUCCUGCACCACCCACAUUACAAUGUGACUCAUUGUUGACUGAAAGCAGCCUCUAUGCACACUAUUUUGACAUGCUUUGGCUAAGCAUUGCACGAAUACAGUUGGAUUGUUUGAUUAAUUUAACUGUAAAUUCACAGUUCUUAUAACUAUGUUAUAACACGGUGACACAUUGUACUGCAUUUCUUGCUAGGAGUGUGUAUUUGAGUGUAUUUUGUAAAAUAAAUCAGACCAUUGAAAUCUA